AUGCAGUCUUAUGAUGGUAUCCUGUGUAUUUUCUACCUGCUUCAGAUUAUAAUUACAGUCUUUGGGAAUGUUUUACUCCUUUAUCUCUAUUCCUUUAAUUUAAUUACUAGUCAAAAGAUAAGACCCAUUGGUGUGAUUGUCAUUAAUUUGGCCUUUUCCCACAUCAUGAUGAUUCUCUUCAGGGCAGUUCCAUCAACAAUCCAAGUUUGUAUUCAGAAAAUUUUCCUGAAUGACAUUGAAUGUAAAAUCAUAAUUUAUCUGCAAAGAGUGUCCCGAGGUCUUUCCCUUUGUAAUACCUGCCUCCUAAGCAUCUUCCAGGCCAUCGCCAUCAGUUCCAGCAGCCCCAAAUGGGCACAGCUCAAGGCCAGAGCCCCAAAGUGGGCUCUUCCAUCCUGUGUCUUCAUAUGGGUACUCAAUUUGUUGACAGAUGUGGUUGUGCCUCUGAAUGUGAGUGGCCCUAGGAAUGACACAAUGCAUAACCUUACGAGAAAUCUAGGCUAUUGUUAUAUAGACUGGCAUGCUGUAUCUGUGUCAAAACUUGUUAUGUUGAAGACAUUUAAUGAUGCAGUGUUUUUAGGGAUCAUGGCCAUUACCAGUGCUUACAUGGUACUUGUUUUAUUCAGACACCAUUGGCAAGUCCAACACCUUCAUAACACUAGACUCAACCCUGUCGCCUCACCAGAGACCAAGGCCACCAAAGUCAUCCUGUUGCUCAUGAUUAUCUUUCUAUGCUUUUAUUCAGUUGCUUCCAUCUUUAUUAUUGUACUGGAAAAUUCUAAAGAUACACAAGAGUGGAUGAUAAAUAUCCCUGUUAUUUUGACCUCCUCUUACUCUACAAUCAGUCCCUUUGUUUUAAUCAGUAAUGACUCACAAAUCUUCAAUUGUUAUGUUUUCAAAAGGUUGAAAAAUUCUCAUUCCCAUUCAUUAAGGUCUCAGAACAAACUCAUUUAA